UCCAGCCGCCGGGGAAUUAGCUCACGGUUGGCAUGGCCUCCUUUGCGGCAGCCGCUGUGGGCCCGAGUGAGCCAGGAGCGUGUUUGAGCAGCAGACCUCCUGUGCCGUGUAGGUACCCACCCAUGCGCUGGGCCUCCCACCAGCAGCAGCUGCUCGCCGCCUGCCCUUCCCCGUGAGGAGGUAGCUCAGUCCCACUUCCCUGCCAGUCUCUGAUCCGCCUGUGCCUCCAGGACUGACAGAUCUUCUUGGCAAAUCUGCCCCCCAAAGAUUCCUGCUCCCGCUUGUCUAUUCCUGCCUUUUGUCAAGCAUGGCAGCCACAGGACUCCGGGAAGAAUCUUAAAUCCUGAACCCCCACAGCUCCGUGGGGCCCAUCCACGGUCCCUCUGGCUUCGGCAGCUGCUCACUUCCUAGCGAUGCCCUCAGGAGCCUUGACCCCAGCUGGAUGAGAUCAUUCCAGAGUGGGACCCAGCCUUGCCACCUACCAAGAUUUCCACAGCACCCUCUCCCCACCACCACACAUGUCUGGCUCCCCCAGCAGACUCUAGAAUGGCUGUGCCCCAGAUCCAAGUAGAAGAGGUGGUAGGUGGUGAAGAAGAGCCUGGAGCCACCCUGCCUCCCGACGACCAUCUCAGGAGCCUGAAGGCCCUCACGGAGAAACUGAGGCUGGAGACCCGAAGGCCCUCCUACUUGGAAUGGCAAGCCAGGCUGGAGGAGCAGACGUGGCCCUUUCCGAGGCCAGCGGCUGAGCAGGGGGAGUGUGGGGAGAAGGAGCCCUCAUCCCCCAGGAAUGAGCCCAGGCAGCAAGCCCCACCUAACGGGAGUGCCAGCCGGGCCCCUGGGCCCCAGCCCACUGGCAAGCUGGAAGGCUUUGAAAGUAUUGACGAAGCGAUAGCCUGGCUCAGGAAGGAACUGAUGGAGAUGCGGCUGCAAGACCAGCAGCUGGCCAGACAGCUCAUGCGCCUGCGCAGUGACAUCAACAAGCUGAAGAUCGAGCAGACCUGCGACCUGCACAGGAGGAUGCUCAACGAUGCCACCUAUGAGCUGGAGGAACGGGACGAGCUGUCUGAUCUCUUCUGUGACUCCCCACUCGCCUCCUCCUUCAGUCUCUCCACGCCACUCAAGCUCAUUGGAGUCACCAAGAUGAACAUCAACUCCCGGAGGUUCUCUCUGUGCUGAGAAGCCCUAGAAGGGGGCAAAGGACCCAGAAGAGAGUGUUCAGGAGGUCAAGUACAGAAGUUAAGGAUCUGAUUUUAAAAGGUUUCUCCCUAACAACAAGCAUGGCGAUCAGCAAGGUGAGGACUAAGACCUCAACAGGGUAGGAAAGUGAACCUGGUAGAAUCCCACAUGGCAUGUGUUUUCCCACCAGUGUUGGGGGAGGGGUGGCUUUUGACAUCAUCUGGUCAUGCCUUCUUGUUCAUAAAGGAGUAGGGGUGAAGCCAGGGAGGGAGGAUGACUUCCUCCAGGUCAUGCAGCUCUUUAGUGGCUAUAGAAUAUCGACAGGUUUAAUCACCAUUACUAAUGCCUAGACAGAUCAUUUAUUAAUGAACUUAAACCCCAAAGAUGGUCCUGAUGCUUUGCCAAACCCACAAACUGCCAACCCCUCUACUCGCCACUUCCUUCAGCCUUCACACAUAGCUCUCACUUUGCAAUUCAGAAUAUUUGGGUCAAACUCAGAGCAAUGGCUGAAAAGUGGACCCACAGAAAACAUAUUACCAAUCACAUUUCCAUAGUCAAAGCAAAGUGUUCUUUCAUGCCUCAUCUUCCUGUAUAGUCUCAUUGGGGCCCAUGCACAUUUACACAUAUGUGUGCGUACGUGCGUGUAUACACACAUACACACCCUGACCCACAUGAGGAAGGUUGUUUUCCUUUUGUGGACAGGCAGUGAGAGGAUGUAAAUGGUCCUUACUUGGGAAAAAACUUGGUCUCUUGUGAUUUCAAAGGGCCAGAGGAUUUACACUUCCUUCGAAGAAGGUAUAUCACCAUAGCUAAGAUUUCUUUUCAGCCUGACUCUCUGAGCAGUGACUGAAGUCUGAGGCCCAGAGGAUUGGUCCACAGAAAAGACCUCAGUGGAAUGCCAGACCCUUUAGACCAGCUCCCCUCAGGCAGGAAAGGAGGGAGAUUUUCUCUACCCCUUGCUGUGUCUCCUCAGGGAUUAUGUACGUGCACUGCCAAGUCCUACAGUGGCAUCCCUCCCAGGCUUCUCUGAAACAAGUCCUUGAGGCCGGGUAGUGGGCUGGCCCGCACACACUCACCACUGGGGAGAGGCACACAGGUACACAUCCUCAAAACCAUGCAGAAAGGCCCAUUCCAUAUUCUGAAAAUAAUGCCAAAUUGCUUUUUUCUUUCUAGAAGUCAGUCAUGACAGUAAUUGAAAAAAUUGGAUUUGACUAAAGCAGAGUGAUUUUGUUGAUUUUGUCAACCCAAUUGGUUGGCAUCAACUGGGCAAUUUAGUGGUUAACCUAAUGGUCCCUUCCUUUCUUUCUUCUCUGAGAGGAAACUGAGAUCAAGGCACACUUUUCUGAAUAGGUCUCAGCCCUUUUGUUUAGUUCACAGCAAGAGAAUUUUAUUUUGGGAUAAGAACACAGGAGAAAGAGGAAGGAACCAGGGAGGAAAGUGGAGGGGGAGAGACCAGGUAUGUCUCCUUACUCAUCAUCCAGUGUCUGUUAGCUCUCUUAUUCUCACAGGGAACACAAAUAACUAAUCAAGUCAGUUCGGUUUUGUGAAGAGCCUGCCUUGUGGGGUAAGAGGUGUCUGUGAAUCAGCUGCAGCCUCACCUGCGUCGCCAGCACCCUAAGGCAUUGCUCUGGCUUACCCUGUGUGUACAAUAUUGUUUGCAGUUUAAUUCAUUAUCUGCCCAUCUCUCUGUCAUCCCAAGAACCUGGGUGUAAAUCGCGAGGUCCCCAUUGACACUGCCGUGCACGGCACUGUGUGAUGCCUUCAUGGACUCAGCAGAGAUCACCGAGGCCAGGAGAGCCUGCAUAGGCUUGAGCCGGCCUGAUCCAGCCCCAGGCCUCCGCCCUGUAGCAAUACCAAGUGCUAUUACAUAAUCAAUGGACAAUUUAUAAUCUUAUUUUUUAUGAUUAUUUGUUUCUAUAUUGCUGUUAGAAGAAGUGAAAUAAAAAUAUUUCAAAAGA